AUGUCCCACGACAAGCCGUCCGUCUUGAUCAUCGGUGGCUUGGGAUACAUCGGCCGUUUCCUAGCCCUCCACAUUCAUCGGAACGACCUGGCGUCCGACGUCCGUCUGGUGGACAAGGUCCUGCCGCAGCUUGCCUGGCUGGCCCCCGAGUUCUCGGAAGCUUGCUCGCACGACAAGUUCAUGCAGGCCGACGCCAGCAGGCCGGACGCUCUGGCUCGCAUCUUCGACCGCCCCGACGGGAAGCAAUGGGAUUACGUCUUCAACUGCGGAGGCGAGACCCGGUACUCGCAAGAGGACGAGGUCUACAAGCUGAGGUCGUUGAACCUGUCCCUGAACCUGGCCAAGGAGGCGGCGAGGCGCGAGGUCAAGGCCUUUGUCGAGCUGAGCACCGGCAUGGUGUACAAGCCGGACUCGUCUCCGAGCAAGGAGACGGACAAGCUCAAGCCUUGGAGCAAGAUUGCCGUCUUCAAGCUCAAGGCCGAGGAGGAGCUUGCCAAGAUCGAGGGCCUCAACCUUGCCGUCGUGCGCCUCUCUCACGUCUACGGCCCCUACGCCUCCCAGUGGGUCGCGACGGCGUUGUGCAUGGCGCGCGUCUACCAACACCUCGACGGUGAGAUGAAGUGGCUGUGGACGAAAGACCUUCGCACAAACACCGUGCACAUCCACGACGCCACGCGCGCCCUCUGGGCCGUCGCUUCCUGGUACGCCGCCGGAAAGGCCAACUGGAGCCAUGGCGGCGUUCCGACGUUCAACGUCGUCGACGACGGCGAGACGACGCAAGGCACCCUGGCCAGCAUCAUCGGCGGCCUCUUCAAGAUCGAGACGGGCUUUCAGGGCCAGCUCAUCAGCACGUUUGCGAGGAUGAACCUGGACAGCGUCGUCGAUGACGUCAACGACGAGGUCCUUGGCCCAUGGGCGGAGCUGCUCGAGGAUGCCGGCAUCACGAGACCGGGACCGCUGACGCCCUUUAUGGAGAAGGAGCUGCUAAAGGACACGGACCUCAGCAUGGACGGCGGCCGGCUGAAGAAGCUGCUAGACUUCAAGUAUGAGAAGCCAACCAUCAGCAGGGAGCUGGUGGAAGAGGUGAUUGAUAGCUACAAGACGAUGAAGUGGUGGCCCUAG